AUGGAUAAUGUAAAGAACAUCACUAUAGCAACCUAUGAUGAUAUGCCUGCUUUAUUUGGUACUAGUUUACCUGUAGAUGGAAUAAGUGGUAUGUUGGUAUAUGUGAACCCUCACAAUGCCUGUUCAGCUGUAGAAAGACCACCAAGGGAUGUUCCCAAUCCUAGAGCCUGGAUUGCUUUAAUAGCUAGAGAGGGGUGUGAUUUUGCUCAGAAGGUAUUACAUGCCCAGAAUUCAGGCUAUGAUCUAGCCAUGGUGUAUAAUAUAAAGGGUUCAGAUGAUCUAGUUCGUAUGGGUAGAGGUGAGAUUAAUAAAGUCAACAUACCCUCAGUAUUUGUAGCUUACAGUACUGGUAUGGAUAUGGCAGAUAAUUUUGACUAUAAGAAAAGGAACAUCGUUGUCAAUGUUGAUGGUGAAAUACCACUUCCUAAUUAUAAGAUAUAUCUCUGGCCUUUUGCCAUUGUUGUUGGUAUUUGUUUUAUUCUAAUGUUAGUGUUCAUGUUAAUAAAAUGGUGUAUAGAUAGACGUAGAAGAAAUCGCUCUAGGUUAUCAACUAAACAUCUUAAAAAAAUACCCAUUAAAAAAUUCAAAAAAGGAGAUAAUUAUGAUGUAUGUGCUAUCUGUCUAGAUGAUUAUGAAGAAGGUGAAAAACUCAGGAUAUUACCUUGUAAUCAUUCCUACCAUCGUAAGUGCAUUGAUCCCUGGUUAACUAAGAAUAAAAAAACCUGUCCAAUCUGUAAACGUAGAGUGAUACCAGGUGAAGAAAACGAGACAGAUAGCGACACAGACGCUGAGGGUGGAGCCACUAGUACAGAACGUACACCAUUACUAGCUAACCAAUCAGCAACUUCCAGUCGAACUUCUACUUUCGAUAGAUCAGGUAUGUAG